UAAUUGUGACGAUUUUCAAACACACACACACACACACACACACACACAGAGGCGAGGAGGGAGUGGCUCUGCUGCUGUCCACAAAUGGGCACACACACACACACACACAGAGGCGAGGACGGAGUGGCUCUUCUUCUGCCCACAAAUGGGACAUUGCCACAAAAUGUGGCCUAUGUGUUAGAGGUGACUUGCACCUGUUACCUCGACUCAGUAAUCAUUUCAACUCAAUGCCAUAACUUAUAUACACUCCAUCUUUACAGGAACACAUGCACCCCAUUCUCCUUCAUGCAGUUUUUAAGUCUGCUGAUCCUGACUGCACAUUGUGACUGAAAAAUCAUGCAGAUACGGGUGAAAUGCUCCAGGUUCACUCUUAAAUAUCAGAAUAGGGAAAUAACAUGAUCACAGUGACUUUAACGCUGGCAAAAAAAAAAAAAAAUUGGUGCCACACAAGCUGGUUUAAGUAUUUUAGCAAUAGAUGAUCUCCUGGGAUUUUUUGUACAACAUUUUUGUAGAGUUUACACAGAAAAACAGGAAGCAGCAGGUCUGCAGGGAGACACACCUUGCUGGUGAGAGAGGUGAGAGUAUAAUCACAGGGCUGGUUUUGAGCUGACAGAAAGUCAAUGGUCAAUACCUUAAACGUUGAGGCGGAUGAGUAACAGUAACAGUAAAAAUGUGAGAUUUUACACCUGUUAGAGUGGAAAAAUGUAGCAGUCUUUUUGAUUUAAAUGAUUUUUAUUCUUUUUUUUGCUACAGGAAAGUAGGGAGGUAAGAAUAUACACCAAUCAGCCAUAACAUUAUGAGCACUGCCAGGUGAAUUGAAUAACACUGAUUAUCUCCACAUCGUGGCACCUGUUAGUGGGUGGGAUAUAUUAGGCAGCAAGUGAACAUUUUGUCCUCAAAGUUGAUGUGUUAGAAGCAGGAAAAAUGGGCAAGUGUAAGGAUUUGAGAGAGUUUGACAAGGGCCAAACUGUGAUGGCUAGACCACUGGAUCAGAGCAUCUCCAGAACUGCAGCUCUUGUGGGGUGUUCCCGGUCUGCAGUGGUCAGUAUCUAUCAAAAGUGGUCCAAGGAAGGAACAGUGGUGAACCGGCGACAGGGUCAUGGGCGGCCAAGGCUCACUGAUGCACAUGGGGAGUGAAGGCUGGCCCGUGUGAUCCGAUCCAACAGACGAGCUACUGUUGCUCAAAUUGCUGAAGAAGUUAAUGCUGGUUCUGAUAGAAAGGUGUCAGAAUACACAGUGCAUGACGGGUCAGGGCUGUUUUGGCAGCAAAAGGGGGACCAACACAAUAUUAGGCAGGUGGUCCUAAUGUUAUGGCUGAUCGGUGUAAAUGAAAGUAGCCUAUUCAGAAUGUUUAAAAAUGAUUCGUGACUUUUAAAUAAUUAGUGAUGACCUUUCUCAGCUCUACACACACGGGCAUGGGAUCUGGAUUAAGUGAACUGGAUAACUUCCUAGAACUUUAUAUAAACGCUUCAUAUUUUUCCAUAUUUGCAAAUUUUCCGAAAUGAACAGUGCAGUUGCUUUAAACAUAUUAACGUUGGGUUUUGGACUUUAAUUUUGAAAUCGCAUACGUUAUUUCCUGUUGCAGCAGUUUAUUGCAUCCCGUCAGCAUGUCUCCUGCUCUGCAAAGUGCAAAAGCAGGACUAAAUAACAAAAUUUGCGUCUAAAAGACUUUUUAAGUCACGCAGUUUAGCUGGAUUUAGAAGGAUAACAGCCUGUGUGAAUAAUGUGGCGUCUGAAAGCAGUGCGACACAGAUCAAGUGUCUCUGUAAAAGAUUUGGAGGAGUUCAAGCAGAAGAGAAGAGAACAUGAAAAAGUCCUGAGACAGGCCAGGAGAGACAGACAGCUGGUCAGUAAGAGGCUGCUGUUAAAUGAAGAGGAACAGGAGAAAGACCUGAUGGAAAUAAACUCCACUCCUCUUUCUCAAGACCAGAUUCGGGAGAUGUUGCACAAUGUGCAGCAUGGUGGACAGGAGAAAGCUGCUCAUCUGGCAAUGCUGAGGAAGGCACUAAGAGACCCUCAAACUCACCCCGUCUUCACUAAGCUGGAGAACAGCAUGUAUGUGCUGGUUGGGCAGCUCAGCGGAUACAAUGCUCAGAGACAGCUGGAGGCAGUGCGGUGUCUCAAUGAGCUCUCCAACUCUCCUCACCCUGGUGUGGGGCAAUCAUGCUUAUCUGCAACCCCAUAUCUUCUCACAUAUCUCUCCAGCCCGAGUGCCAAACUCACAGAGCUUUGCCUGUACACAUUAGGGAAUCUUUGGCCAGAGGGUGCUGUAGUAAAAGAGAAGCUGCUGGUCCAGGGGAUUGUGCCUGCUCUGGCUAACUGCGUCCAGAAUCAGAGAUGUAACCUGGCGGUGAUGGAGGCAGCGGGCUUUACAUUGUCACAGCUGCUUCAGGAUAAAGAUGCUGGAGACAGAGUUAUCCCGAUGGUCCUGACCUCUGGUUUGGUCCCUCAUUUGAUUUCGCUUCUGACUCCAGAUCCAGAGUUUGGUAUGGGAGCUGCCAUCGAAUGUGCCUGGUGUUUACAUUACAUUGUAUCACGUACUGCUGAUGCCUCCACCUUGAUAUCUGAAGGACUUCUCUCACAGUGCAGUAACCUGCUGAUUACACUAGGGGGGGCUGUUGCUGAAGGAAGGAUUAAUGAUGGCAUGGAAUUGCUGAUCUGGCCCUUGCUGCGCUGCCUGGGUAAUAUGUUGGCCAGCGGGGUGUGUGAGGCUGCAGGAUGCUCAGCGGGAGUAGAGGAUGUCCGUCUCUUAGCUGCUCUGUGUGUGUUCAGCCAGACUUACCUAACCUCCCACUGUGCUCUGAGCAGGGAGAGCCUGUGGGUCCUCAACAACCUCACAGCUGGUUCGCCUGUGUUUUGUUCAGCUGUACUGUUCUUGAAGAUUGUACCAGCUCUUCUCCAGCUUUUACCCUUUUCAAAUGGAAUCAAUACCAUGGUGCUAAGAAUUCUGGGUAAUGUUGCCUACAAUGGUCCAGGAUACUGUAUUCAGCUGAAGGAAGCGGGUCUGCUCUCUGUCCUUUGUGCCACACUCAAAAUGGCUGAUCCAGACAUAGUAACACUGAGCCUUGAGGUGCUACAUUUGCUCAUAGCUAAUAGUCCACAGGUAGCUGAAGAGUUUAUCAGACUGGAUGGCGUUCCUCUGCUGGAAGCAAUUCAAUAUAACAAUGAAGAAGAGCAACGUCUUAGAGCAUCGUACAUCUUAGACUACUACCUUCAUGCACACUAAAUGGUCCCUCGUGACUGUAAGGACAUCCAAACAGGACCUGCACUCCUUAGAAUUUUUAAAGAAAGCCAAUAAUUUUUCACAUGUUGUAUUAUUGUAUUAAAUCUUAUAUGAUGUCACUAAUGUGUAUAUUUCCGAAACAUUUUGUAA